AUGUCUCCAACACCUCCCGAAGGGCAAGACUCAGACCCGCCCAAACCACCACCAACCCGGCCACGAGCCCCAACGAUUAGCAUCGACGAUUCCGCCGUCUAUCAACCUUUUGGGCAACCUUUCAGCGAAGCCUCUGAUAGACCUGGACUGUUGCCACGCAUACAAACCGCAGGCCUCAACCAGGGCUCCAGCCCGUCGUCUCCCCCCUCAGUUUCUCCUACCGAUGUUCGCGCAUCAUUUGACACUCGCGAAUCGCGCCCGACCUCUCCACACAAUGUUUCGUCUCCCAGAGCCCAGUUCCUGGAUGGGCCAUCCCCUCAAACCUUCCUUUCCGUUCCUGGAUCCAGGGCAAGGGCACCGUCUCUGGAGUCGGAACUGUCUCCUACGUCUGAGUUUGGCGGAGAUACACAGAUAGCAUCGAGUACAUCGGGGUUGGACGAACAAAUGAGCAAGGGCUCGUUCAGUAACAACGACGAGGUCAUGAACGAUGCGGAGGCGCUGAGACCGGAUCCUGGAACCGAGGCCGAUUUUCAAGUUGAAAACAACAAGUUCGCUUUCACCCCUGGCCAGUUGAACAAAAUGAUCAACCCCAAGAAUCUGGCGGCUUUCCAUGCUCUGGGUGGUCUGGCUGGGUUGGAAAAGGGAUUGCGGUCGAAUCGUCAUAGCGGUUUGAGCGUGGACGAAGCUGGCCUAGAGGGGGCAGUCACCUUCGAAGCGGCUGUGCAAGCGGGUGUGGAAUCCGAGGAGAAGUACGGGACCGUUAACAGAAGCAACACCGCCGGCUCGAUGACCGCUCCCGCCAAAAUAUCCGAGACUUCGUUUGCCGACCGCAAGCGCAUCUUUAAGGACAAUCGACUUCCGGAGAAAAAGGUCAAAACCUUUUGGCAACUGGCUUGGAUCGCCUACAAUGACAAGGUCCUUAUUCUCCUCUCUGUGGCGGCUGUCAUAUCUCUCGCCUUGGGGAUUUAUCAAACCGUCCGGCCUGCUCCAUCCGAGGCGCAUGAGGCUCAUGUCGAAUGGGUAGAAGGUGUGGCAAUCAUGGUCGCCAUCUUUGUCGUCACCUUUGUCGGGGCCCUAAACGAUUACCAGAAAGAACGCCAAUUCGUGAAGCUGAAUCGUAAGAAGGAAGAGCGCUCGAUCAAGGUCAUUCGUUCCGGUAAAUCACAGGAGAUCUCCGUUUACGACGUGCUGGUCGGAGAUGUAGUGUACCUCGAGCCAGGUGAUCUCAUUCCAGUGGAUGGUGUCUUCAUUCAAGGUCACAACCUGAAAUGCGACGAAUCUUCUGCGACUGGUGAGUCUGAUAUCAUUCGGAAAACCGCAGCUGAUGACGUCUACCACGCCAUUGAAAACCAUCAAAAUUUGAAGAAAAUGGAUCCCUUCAUUCUUUCGGGCGGGAAGGUCACUGAGGGUAUUGGUACCUUUCUCGUGACAUCUGUGGGAGUCAACUCCAGUUAUGGCAAGACGUUGAUGUCUCUACAAGACGAAGGGCAAACGACACCUCUACAGUCGAAAUUGAACGUGUUGGCCGAAUACAUUGCCAAAUUGGGGUUGGCCGCAGGACUAUUACUUUUUGUGGUGCUCUUCAUCAAGUUCCUGGUUGAACUCAAGAAUAUGGAUGGUGGUGCCCAGUCGAAAGGUCAACGCUUUCUUCAGAUCUUUAUUGUUGCUGUUACCAUUAUCGUGGUUGCAGUGCCUGAAGGUCUACCAUUGGCUGUUACUCUUGCUCUUGCCUUCGCUACCACCAGGAUGCUCAAAGACAACAACCUGGUGCGACUUCUCAGGGCGUGUGAGACCAUGGGCAAUGCAACCACCAUUUGCUCGGACAAGACCGGGACAUUGACACAAAACAAGAUGUCUGUGGUUGCCGGCACGCUUUCGACUGCCUCCAGAUUCGGCGACAAGCAGGUCCCAAUGGAUUCUACUGGUACCCCCAACAAGAAACCGGAAGGCCGAAGCAACGCAUCUAAUGAUGUUUCCCCGGCUGAGUUCAUGGCUACACUCUCGUCGGACACCAAACAACUGCUCCGAGAUUCGAUCAUACUUGACUCCACGGCUUUCGAAAGCGAGGAGAACGGCAAACGGGUUUUCAUCGGGUCAAAGACUGAGACUGCUCUCCUUUCCUUCAUUGUGGAUUAUCUCGCCAUCGGACCCAUUAGUGAAGAACGAGCUAAUUCAGAGGUUGUUCAAAUGGUGCCUUUUGAUUCGGGUCGCAAAUGUAUGGCUGUGGUCAUCAAGUUAGCUGACGGCAAAUACCGCAUGCUAGUCAAGGGCGCCUCCGAAAUUCUCAUUGCGAAAUGCACCAGGAUUAUCACUGAUCCGACCAAAGGGACUGUCGACUCACCUAUGACUGCUGACCAGAUGGAGGCGUUGAACGACAUUGUCAGCAAUUAUGCUUCUCGAUCCCUGCGUACCAUCGCACUGUUAUACCGCGAUUUCAAUGAAUGGCCCCCACGAGGUGCUGCUUCACCAGAGGACAGGAAACAGGCGGACUUUGACAAGGUCUUUAAGGACAUGGUCUUCCUUGGCGUGGUAGGCAUCCAAGAUCCACUGCGUCCUGGAGUCACGGAUGCUGUUCGUGACUGUCAAAUGGCAGGCGUGUUUGUUCGCAUGGUCACAGGCGAUAACAUCAUGACGGCUAAGGCUAUUGCAACCGAAUGUGGCAUAUAUACGCCGGGGGGAAUAGCUAUGGAAGGGCCGGUCUUCAGGAAGCUCAGCUCCAAGCAGUUGAGUCAGGUCAUUCCCCGCCUGCAGGUACUCGCCAGAUCCAGUCCAGAAGAUAAGAAGCUACUCGUUGGUGUUCUGAAAAGACUUGGAGAGACUGUGGCGGUCACUGGCGAUGGUACCAACGAUGCACCUGCCCUGAAGACGGCCGACGUGGGCUUCUCCAUGGGCAUUGCAGGAACAGAGGUCGCAAAAGAAGCAUCCGCCAUCAUCCUCAUGGAUGAUAACUUUGCAUCAAUUGUGAAGGCUAUAUCAUGGGGGAGGGCUGUCAACGACGCUGUGAAGAAGUUCCUUCAGUUCCAAGUUACCGUCAACAUUACGGCUGUCAUUUUGACAUUUGUCUCCGCCGUUGCAAAUGAUGAUGAAAACUCGGUACUGACCGCCGUGCAACUGUUGUGGGUCAAUUUGAUCAUGGAUACCUUUGCAGCACUUGCAUUGGCCACUGACGCUCCCACGCCCUCGAUAUUGAGACGACGACCAGAGCCUAAGUCGGCACCCUUGAUCACCGUCACGAUGUGGAAAAUGAUCAUCGGACAGACCAUCUAUCAGCUUGUAGUGACGCUGAUUCUGUACUUCGCUGGAGCAAGCAUCCUCUCUUACGGCACCCAAGGCGAAAGGGAUCGCCUGCAGAGUACCAUCUUCAACACGUUUGUCUGGAUGCAAAUCUUCAACCAAUACAACUCGCGACGACUGGACAACCAUUUCAACAUCUUCGAAGGAGUGCUACGAAACUACUGGUUUCUUGGUAUCCAGCUCGUCAUCAUUGGAGGUCAAUGUUUGAUCAUGUUUGUGGGUGGUCAAGCAUUUUCAAUCCACAAAAUCAAUGGUGCUCAAUGGGGUUACUCGAUAGUGCUCGGCGCCCUUUCCAUACCUGUGGCGGUGAUCAUCAGAUUGAUCCCGGAUGAACUCUUCGCCAAACUCAUACCAAGCAUUCCCCACCGCAAAAAGCGUGGGCCCGAGUUUGUUGUUGAAGAUGACGAGGACAGGGUCCGGCAUUGGAAUCCGGCCCUGGAGGAGAUUCGAGAAGAGUUGACAUUCCUGAAGAAGAUCAGAGGCGGUCGCAUGUCAGAGUUGGCAUACAAGCUGCAACAUCCACGAGAUACUUUCAUGCCACGCUCACGAAGUCCGUCCCGUUCUCGUUCGAACAGCGAGUUACCCCAGACCCCGGACGCGGAACCGGCUGUGGCUGACACCUCAUCGGGCUCACCUUCCACUCCUGAGAGACUUCGACGACGGGCAAGGUCCACCUCCUCAGUUUUCGGACCUGCAGCGGCGAUGGCCGGAAUUAUCGCUGGUAGUGUUGCUGGGGGCUGGUCACCGGUCGAGAGGCGUCCUGAAGAACAGGAGACUGUCCGGUUCAUGCGGGCUCGAUCCCAUUCUGGGGUAGAGGGCACGUCUGGGAUGGAAAUCCACCCAGCCACACCGGCCGAAGAUCCCGUCUUUGCACAAAUGUCGCCUAGGAGUGGUGUCCCUCCGAGCCAGGAUCCUGAGUUGGCACCUCAUUUUGAGCACGGCCCUCCGCAUAGUCCCAGUACUGGUCGACCAAGAGGUUCUCACUCCCGGCAGUCGUCGUCCGCCGCCUGA